ACACGGAAUGACUUAUACAACAGUUGUAUACCACAGAUUGUUUAUUACGAUGUUCAUAGUCAUUAACUUACUUCUUGCCAUUUUGCCUGCCCAAGGGGCAAUAGAUUGUCUGUGUGCUAAAGAGGAUCUCAGCGUCCCAACGAAUACCGGGCACUUAGUGGUAGCACGUGGUGAGUGUACAGGCAUUGAGGACAAAGUUGGAGACAGUCACCAGGCCGUGUGGUUCCAGGUCAAACACGGCAAUGAGAACCAACAUGCACAGAUAUAUCCACUCAGUGUCAAAAAUACUUUCUGGGCACACCAAAACUGCAAAAAAUACUGCAAUGUCUGUGAUACACAUCUCACCAUGUGUGGUGACGAGGAACCUAACUGUCACCUGUACGGCAAGUCGGCGUGUAGUCAGUAUGGCGUGUGGGCGCGUCAGAAACGCAAGCAGUAUUGUGGUUUCUGCGAUGAAUUUUGUUUGGAUAACUUAAAGGACUGCUCAUCGUACGGCAAGUCUGUGUGUACACAGUAUGCGUCGUGGGCCUUGACUCACUGUCAGAACUUUUGCGAUUUAUGCGACGUAACAACAUCAACAACUACUACUACUGCGACUACAACGACGACGACAACAACUACUGUCGCCACAACGUUUUCAGGAUGCAAAGAUAUGGACGGCAUCAGCUGCAAGUGGCUCGACGAUACAAGUGACAUAUGCUCCGAUGAAGCCUCGGCACACGAGUAUUGCCCCAAAUAUUGUAACAUCUGUGGUGUGAGGACAGCAGUACUUUUUGGGCGGUAGCGUGAUGUUAUACAGUUGUAACAACGCCUGCAUCGUUAUAAUCAUUU